GCGUUCAGCUGACGACAUAUGCGCCUGAGCUGCCCGUCCACGUUGUGUUGCAAUUACCCACUAGCUACAGCUACCAGACUGAGUCAAGAGAAGAGCAAGAAUUUACUUGAUUAUUUGCAAUCCAAAAUUGUGUAUUGAUACAAAUAACGAAAUGUCGUUUUUUAGGAAAACCUCACAUCUUGGAGCUACCAUUUUAGGAGCUACAAUGGGCGGUGUCGGGAUACCACUGGUGAUGUCAAUUUCUCCCCUCUCAGUUUCAGCAUCUGACGGAAAUGCAGCAGACAAGGACCCCAGAGCUCAGGCUUGCAAGGAUGACACUAUUCCGCUGGUUGCACGGGAAGAUUUGGAGCUAAAGUUUGUGCAGAUUUUCUUUAGACAUGGAGCUAGAACACCGAUAGGAACAGGAUGCAUUCCUAAUGUCGAAGAGGGUGUUUGGGAUAAGGAUACGAUAUUCCAAGGAGCAGCCGAUCUAUGCAUUGAUUACAAGGUGUGUGCUUUAAAUGGAGAGCCACAGCCGGAAUGGAAGAUUGAGAAUUACUACAGGAAAGAACCGCUUCAGGGUGGGGCUUUCAAGGGUCAGCUGACAGCCGUAGGUAUGAAACAAGCCAAUGAUCUGGGAAAGAAACUCAGAAGACAUUAUAUGGAGAAACUUGGAUUUCUACCUCAAGAAUUCAGUCCACAACUUGUCUACACCAGAUCAACCAAUAUCAACAGGACAUUGCAGUCUCUUGGCUGUUUGAUGGGUGGUUUAUAUGGCAACAUUAUCGCAUCCAAAGAGUCAGUACCAGUCCAAUUUUAUACUGAUGAAGGCUUAGGAGAGGUCCUGUACCCUAACAGACAACGUUGCAAUCAGCUAUCACACUUCUACUCAUCUGUCUUGAAGGGUAUGUUUAGUGUCCCCGGAAUAGGACACGGUACCGAUCAAAUUGCCCCCGUUCUGGAUGCGAGCGAGGAGCAGAAAAAGAAACUGGACUUUGUUAGUAUGAGGGAUGAUAUCACUGCUAGAUUAGAACACAACAUGAAAGUGCCUGACCAUCUAAUGCCUGUUAUUGAUCUCAUUGAGAAACACGCCGUAGCUCUUAUGAGGUUCCUUAUUGAAGGAGGCAAUGAACCUGGUAAAAAUAUUAUCAAAUUCUCUGCUGGACCCACGAUGCAUUAUAUCUGUGAAAACCUCGAAGCUGCCAAAAAAAAGGAGAUUCCUUACAAGCUUCAUCUGAAUUCCUGCCAUGACACGACACUGAUGACUCUCCUACUAGCCUUAGAAGCAUUUGAUGAUGUAUGGCCUCCACUUACUGCUUCAGUCAUCUUUGAACUGUAUGAAGACAAAGCUGGCAAUUCAUUCGUUAGAACUCUCUAUCAAAACAAAGAGCUGAGGAUACGUCAAAGUGAAGAGACCCUCCUACCCCUAGAGAAGUUCAAGGAACUGCUUGCCCCUGUGUCCUACACUGCCCAAGACUAUGCAGAUGCAUGCAAAGUGGCUAGUUAAUGAUCGCUUUCUACUAGGAGUAUUAAAAGAUCAAAUCAAGAUAUCAAGGUAUUCAACUUAGAUGAUAUUCAAUGGAUAGCUGAGGCAACUGUGAUGGAAAGAUGGGCAUUCAUUAUGAGGAUCAAUGCAAAAAAAUAUAUUUCCUUACGAGUCUUACAUUCUUCUCUUAAUCAUGGUUAAGGGGUUAAUCCAGGCAAUUUUUAGAUGCUUUUACCUUUCAUUUUGGCUAGUUUACAACAAGGUAUAAAAUUUCAAUUCUAUCAAACUAUAUCUGAACAAUAAGGCCAUACACCAAUGAGGAUAACAAUUGCUAAAUUGUUCACUACCUAGAUCUUCCCAUUAGAAGUUAGAAGUCAAUAGAACAAGAAACAUACACUUGUGAUUUGAAGUAUAAUUAUCUAUCAAAAUGUAUUAUGCAAGAAAUGUUGACAAGGAUGAUAUAUUGAAUGCUAGUAUGACAAUUUAGUGUUACAAUGAUAAUAUUUCAUUAAUAUUCAAAGGUUCUAUUAAGAUUAUGAAAUAUCAUUAACUACAGAAUUUCAACCUGAUGAUCAAACCAUUUUCCAAGAAAAAUAAUGACAUUGGAACAGAGCUGUAACACUUAAGUGAAGCAUCUUUCAAGUGGAAUCAUUCACAAUCAUGGUGUUGAUUGAGUGGAUCAAAUCUUGUGUAAUGACAUAAACUUUAAUCAUGCCAAAUUUGAAUAAGAAUGGUUCUACUAUUGAAAAGGUAAGACAAAUAGAUAUUUAAAAUAAAGACAAAAUGGCACCUGGAUGUUGUCAAGACGAUCAAAUGACAUUGUAGUUGCAUAUCUUCUUACCAUGCCUGUUAACUGCCGUAUUGAUCAUGUUGAUUUCAAAUUAUUGCCAUAAUAAAGUAAAGGAAUGCAAAUAAAGAAUAACAACAAUAAUUGUUGACAAUAUUGAAAGGUGGUCUGUUGAUGACAGACCACCUAAUAAGAGCAAUACGUUGAAAAUAUAUCAAUAUUUAUAUCAUGUGUGUGAUCUUUAAUACAGCUAAGACUUCUGAAUUAGGUAUUUUUAUAUUGUAGAAUUUGUUUUCUAAUUCUCCUUCUGCCACUCUAUGAUGUAUGUUUGUCUUGCACUUUAUGAAAAGGUUUAUUUUUGUCUGGUAUCUUUUGGCUGUGCCUCCCUUUCCCCUUCUAUUUUCUAUCUAUGUCUGUUGUUUUUUCCUCCAUCAUUAUUUGUUCUCUACCCCUUUUACUCUGAUUUUUUAACGAUCACAGUUGAUGCAAAUAAAU